AUGACGAGUUCAUUGGUAUUUAUCUUAUGCGUGAUAACAGGAAUACAUUCGGCCAGAAUACUCGCCGUAUUUCCUACUCCGUCCGUGAGCCACCAAGUUGUAUUCCGACCUUUGACAUUGGAGUUAGCGAAGCGAGGCCAUGAACUCACAGUUAUCACAACAGACCCAUUAUUCAGAUCUCAAAGCCCAGGAAACUACACGGAAAUCGACGUCCACGAUAUGUCGUAUGAACUUUGGAAGAAAAAGUUCGUCUACGAUGUAAAAUUUGGAAUGAAGAAGAGUAUAUACCAACAAGUGGAAACGAUAUUGACGAUUAUGUCGGACAUCAUGUGUUUACAAGUGGAACACCCGGAAAUACAACGUAUAAUAAAGAAUCGUGAGAAGUACGAUCUCCUUUUGUUAGAAGCGUGGCCACGACAAAAUUUGAUGUAUAGUUACUUAUUUAAAGCGCCUGUGAUUCAGAUAAGCUCUCUGGGAGCUUUGUUCGGGAACGACGAAAACAAUUUUGGUGUACCAAAACACCCCUUCCUAUAUCCCAUGACGAUAUCGCAGAAAGUCUACGAUCUUACAUUUUGGGAUAAAAUUGAGGAAAUAAGAUUACGAUUAUGGUUUAAUAAAAUUUGGGACGAUGAAGAGCCUAAAGAACUAAAGAUCCUCCGAGAGAAGAUAAGUAAAGAUUUACCCAAUUAUGACAUUCUGAGUGACAAUAUCGAUAUGCUGUUUAUAAACACUCAUCCUAUGUGGAUUAACAAUCAACCGUUGCCACCAAACGUGAUAACAAUUUGGGGAAUUCAUAAGAAUCCUGAAAGAGUUCUACCGAAAGAUCUUCAGACUUUCCUUGACUCUUCCAAGAACGGAGUGAUCUACUUGAGUUUUGGAACUAAUGUGUUUUCAUCUCUACUGCCACAGGAGCAAAUUCAGAUAUUCGUCCGUGUGUUUUCAAAAUUACCUUAUGACAUUCUGUGGAAAUGGGAAACUAAUGAACUGCCAAAUAGGGCGGAGAAUAUAAAAAUUGUAAAAUGGUUGCCGCAGUCUGACCUAUUAAAACAUCCCAAGAUCAAACUUUUCAUAACACAAGGCGGCUUGCAGUCAACAGAUGAAGCUAUAAUUGCUGGUGUACCAAUGAUAGGAGUCCCGAUGCUUGGAGACCAAUGGUCUAAUGUGGAGAAAUGUGAGUUUUACAAAAUCGGCAAGAAAGUUGAAAUGGAGACGAUUACUGAAGAAGAAUUAGAAGGAGCUAUUCAGACUGUGAUAAACGAUACAAGCUACCGAGACAAUAUUAUACGUCUUCGUAAACUAAUGAACGACCAGCCGCAAGGUGCCUUAGAACGCGCUGUUUGGUGGACCGAGUACGUGCUGCGACAUGGUGGAGCCAAGCACCUCCGCGCGGCUGGAGCCAACAUGCACUGGACGAAAUACUACGAGAUAGAAUUCGUACUUCAGCUGUUUUCAAUAGUGUUCGUCGCUCUGGUCGCCUCAUUAUUAGUAAUUUAUUUCGUAUGGAAACAGUUAUCAAUACCAAAAAGUAAACUCAAAGAUAAUUAG